AUGGGGAGGAUGGUUAAGGCGAGGGGUUCACAUUUGGGGGGAAGAUAUAAAGAGAGUGGAGAGGAUGUGCAGCGCAUGUUCAAUGGAGGCAAUCCCCUUCUAUCUCUGACAUGCCUGAGGCCAGCGGUCCAGCCUGAGCAGACGCUCAGCCAAGAGUGUCCUGUUGUUCACCACACCGGCAUCGGCAGACAAAUGGGGAGGAAACGCAAAAGGGAGCGUACGCAAGUCAGUGCGCAUCGGAGGGGAGUGAGAGGGGUGGAGGAGGUGAUGUGGGUUUUCUUCACUGGCUCGGUCCACCUGUCCUGUUCGGAACACCGGAUCUGUGUGACGCCUGCCCCGCCUCACGCAGACGCGGAGAAUACACUGUGGGGGACCCGGAGCAACGAAGAAGAGAAAGAGAAAGACAGGCAGUUGGGCACAACGGAGCUGGCAGCAUGCCCAGACUGGCGGGGAGCUCAGGGUGCCAGGAGGGGCUACGGACCGCUGGAGCAUCUGUCCUUCCGAGCAGCCGUAGCAGUGAUAAACACUGACAAGCAGCUGUUUCUUCAUGUAACUGCUCACGUGGACGAUUUUAGAGUGGAAACGCAGUCGAGUAUUGAAGAAACAACUGUCUUUCAUUACUAA